AUGUUUAAAAUUAUGGACUUGUCGCUCACAUUUUUGCUGAUGUUCAGUCUCGCAUUAGCUGUGUUUGGGGUUCAAGGCAAAUCAGUCUCCGCGGUUCAACCAGUAUCCCCAAAUAUAGUCGAAAAUCUAGAAGUAAAUGAUGUGCCGAGCCGUGCACGUCGCAGUUAUUUUUGGGUGGAAGAUGGCUCGGAUAAAGUGACUAUUGUGGAAAAUAAACAUUUACGGCGCACCUUAGAAGACUAUCGCCGCAAGGUGCAUGGUGAAGAUAAGCAACGUGACGAGAGAUAUCGGCCACAAUACGAGGAGCGUCGUGAAGAGUAUGGUGAGGAUGAAGAGGUGCAAGAACAUACGCCAUUAUUUGUGCCAAACCUUUUUGGUUAA